UAACUACAUAUCUCAACCUUCUGUUCCAUGGUUUGUUCUCCUCAGGACCACCAUUUCCGUAUCCGCGAGAGGAAGAAAGGCUGAGGCGAGCCAUUUCGACUCCCUCGUGAACGAGACCGGCCGCCUCCAUUUAUUGGUCACACGGAUUCUCCAUCUCUUUCACCUCUUGACUUCAUGCGCAGACACCACCAGGAUCCGUCCUCCCUCUUUCUCCCCCAUGGCGGCAUUCAUCGUCGUCACUCUGAUAGCAACCACUGCGUCACGGGGACUCGUAAUGUGCGCUCACAGGUUUGCCAUUCGUUGUCCUCUAUUUAGGGCAGAGUAAUGGAAUCUCUCUGCCGCAACGUAUUCAAGAAUCCCUGACACCGGCAAACGCGUAAGGCAUCUGAGCAGGUGAAGCCAAGUGUUGGGGUGUGGGUUUGAGCUUUAAGAUUCGAUCCAAUGCCGAGAUCAAGAGGGUCGUCAGAUGCGCCGCAGAGGCAGUCGCCGCGGGCGCCGCUCCACCUGAGGGCCACCGCCUGCUCCGAGGCCAACAGCGUGCACCACCGCCCCGUGGCCGCCGACCGCAGCCCCAGGGUGUCCCCUCGUGGUGUCUUACAAGAGCAGAGGAAGCGGGGCACGAGGGUAACAGACCUGGAGACCAAGCUGAAGAAGGCGCAGGAGGAGCUCAAGCGGCUGAGAGACCAGGUGGCCUCGGCGGAAGCCGCGAAGACCGAGGCGGAGCAAGCUCUCGUGAAGGCCAAGAAGCGGAUCACGGCCACAGCCCCGACGGCGAAAGGAGAAGACGUUAAGCGUCAUGUUCCUCAGGAGUCUCGAAAGGAGGGCGGUCCACCGCAGGAGAACAAGUCCGAGGAGGAGAGCGUCACUUCUCCCGCGACGAUGGAUGUCUUCGAAGUAGUAGUGCCGACUGAGCCCAUCCACAGAGAGAACGAAGACGUCAGCAUGCAGAAGAAAGAAGAGAGUGCGGUGGAGAGGGAAAAGGAGGAGACAAAGACAAUGAUCAGCGAUGCAGUAGUUGCUGAGACAGAGGAGAAAAAGAAGGAAGAAGAGGAAGACAAGAGAGAGCCGUUGGUGAUACCUGAUAGCCCACAGGUGGACGCUCUCAAGGCCAAGCUCUCGGAGAAGGAGAAGGAAGUGGAGAUACUCCUCGAGGAGAACGUCAUCUUCAAGACCAGAGCCGACGAGGAAGCGAGGCAGAUCGCAGACGCUGCUCGGGCCAAGGAAGAAGAGCUGACGGCGAGGCUGAACUCCACGGAGGAAGAGCUCAAAGAAAGCAGAGCUAAAGCGGGUCGCCUGGCGGAGCAGCUGGAGGCAGCAGAAGGCGCGAAGGCGGCGUUAGAGGCGGAGAUGAAGCGGCUGAGGGUGCAGACAGAGCAAUGGCGGAAGGCGGCAGAGGCCGCUGCCGCAGUACUGGCAACGGGGGACGCAACGGCCGAGGACACGACGGGGAGAAGGGUGGCGGAGCGGUGUGGGUCGAUGGACAAGCACCUCGGCUGGGGGUCGCCGCUGGUGGCCGGGGACACGGACGAAGACGGCAGCGGGAGGAGAAAGAGCGCCGGGAUUCGAGUGCUCGGGGAGCUGUGGAAGAAGAAGGGUCAGCGGAAAUGAGCUGAUCGAAACAGAGGAAGGAGGUGAGUAGCUCAGCCUCAUCCGUCCCUCGUUAUGCUUACUCUGUUCGAUUAUUACUACUGUUGUAGUUGUCGGUAAGAGGCAAUCUUUUGGUCUCUGCAUCUCUCUGCUUUGGAUUUGAAUCAUAAACGGAGGGAAGUUGUAUGAGUUCUUCUUGGUAGACAUGGGAUUUUUUUUGGCACACUGUUUUAGCACACAAAUCAUUGGCUAUGUAACUUUUAAUCAUGUUGGAUUAGGUUUAAAUAUCAACAUUCUUGGUUUAA